AUGGCCGGCGAAACAAAUCCCCGCUCGCCCACAAAGGGAGAAGGCAGUUCAGAACCGAACCGAACGGUCGGUCCCGACGGCAGCUCACAAACAAACAAGAAUGCCAAUGAGGCGGCCACCGGAUUUCGGAGCAUCGUAACGAUGCUCGAAGAACUCUCCCUCAUUGCCAUCUCCGACCACCUCCCCAAAGACAAAGACCCAGCGCGCGAACCGGACACUGCGACAGCAGCCAACGCGAUAGUGCUACAAAGCAGCAAACGCGAUGCCAUAGAGCGCCGACUGGACCAACUGCGCCAACAGGCCGGCUCGAACACCCCAGACGAGCCAGUCGAUUCGCUGAUGCGUCGCCUUGGUGCCGCCUAUCUCCUCGCAGACGCCUCGCCGCUUGCUCAACACGGGUGGAUAAAGGACUUCCUCGACGGAGGUCGUUGUGGACAAGCUGGUCGAGAAGGCAGACGCGCAGCACGCGAUGGGGGACUAUUCGGGCUUGAAAUACACGGCAUACAUGAAUUCGAGAGUGGGCGAGAUGCUGAAUGCUGCGGUAGUUAG